AUGACACAGGCGCUUUUGCUUGAAGUGGAAAAGUUUCGUAUGAACCUCCUUGUCUUUUACCACCGCGCUGUGGGCUGCUGUGGCACAACGGCGACGUGGGGCGCUUUAGAGGAAGCAAAGCAGAAACUGCGUGAGUUUUACUUUGAGCAGCUCUUGUUGCGACCGAAGCCAGAGAAUCGGACCCAGAAAGGCUGGCAAAACAUCCUGGAGUCAGCUCGCUUGAGUUUGGAGCCCAAGCUGGACAGACUGAGCAGGAUCGAGGACGUUUUCGCUUUGGCUGAAAAGUGUUUGAACAAGAACCAGAGCAUCUUGGAAGAUUUUCGGUUCAUUGCAACAGACAACGUGUUUUGUGAAGCUGUAGAGUGGAGUGCUCAAGAGAACUUUGUGCACGCGACUGAAGAGGGCAAGACGUUUGAGCGUGACCUGGAGAUCUUGUCUAGGUUGGACCAGGGCGAGAACACCGGAUCGGACGUGUUCGAACAGUCGCUGGAGCCUCGAAGUGAACCGCUUGACCUGACCGAGACCAGUGAGCCUACACCAAAGAGGUUGAAGUUCAAGGUGGCAUUGAAGCAGUCUGAGGGCAACAUGGUGAUGCAGGGCCAAGAGCAGAAUCGUUCUUUCAUGGGUUUGUUUCAGUCCAUGUCCAUUGAGCAGCAAAGACAGUCAGAAGAAUUGAAAGAAGCGGUCACUCACCUUGGUUCCAGGAAGGAAGCUCCGACGGGGUGGACAAAGUUCAUCCCUCGACCUGACCCUUUCAAGCCCAAAGACCGAGAAGAAGAGCUAACGCAAUGGCAAGAUUGGAGUUGGAGCUUCAAGCAGUGGAUCCUUGCAAUAAGCCCUGAGAUGUAUACUGCGAUUGAAGAGGUAGAGCAGGAUUUGAGUUCGCCUUGUGAAGAAGCCACUAUGACCGACGAUGCCAUUCUACAGGGAAAGCAGCUGUAUGCAAUCCUCACGAGCAUGCUUCGAGAAAGGCCUCUCCAAAUCCUCAAGAGUGUCACCGGUGCCAAUGGAUUCGAGACAUGGCGUGUGCUAAACAAUGUGCUGGCACCCACCAACAAGACACGAGCGCUUGCACUGUUGGGAGCAAUCUCACAGUUUCCGGCAAUGAAUCAAGGGAAUCUCCUGGAGCAGGUGCUACGUCUGGAGGACCUCUUCCGCAAGUACGAGCAGGCGUCGGGAAAGCCAGUUCCGAAUGAGAUGCAGAGUGCAAUCUUGUUGCGUGUUUUGCCUCAGCAAGUUCGGUCACACUUGACAAUCACCAUUGGGGACGAUUCCACGUAUGAGAGCAUGAGAGACAUGAUCCUUCGGUGGGAGCGUUCUACACAGAAGUGGUCUUCGCAAAUCGUGACAGGAGGGGCACCGCAGAAACCUUCGUAUGAUGAUCCGAACGGCCCGAGCCCCAUGGAUGUCGAUCGUGUGAAAGGAUGGCCUAAAGGAAAGGGCAAAUGGGGUAAAGGGGCUGGCAAAGGAGGUGGCAAAGAUGGAGGAAAGCAUGGAGGAAUGAUUGGAGCAAAGGAGGAAAGGACAGAGGAAAGAAAGGAGGACAAAGUUCGAAACGUCAACCAGAAUGAUACGUCGUCCGCAUCGGGGAACAGUUUGUCCGCAUCGAGCUCAAAUUCAUCGACCGGAACAGCAAGUGUGAAGCGUGUGUUUGAUCUUGCAGACAGUGAUCGACUUGAUGUCCCAAUGACAACGGUCUAUGAGAUGGACAGCGAGGGUUCAGAGUCGUAUGUGUCAGACAAUGAGUCGUGGUGGUGCAGAGUGAUCGAACAUUCCAUGGUUGAUGGUGAGGAUGAAUUGGAAGUCAUCGACUUUGCUUGGGAGACGUACAGCGUCGUGGACAUGAGCUUAGAUGAUGCAUUGCUUGGAGAUGAAGAAUGGGUUGCACAUGCAGAAGUAAGAGGGAUCAGCAGCAGGUCUGACGAGCGCUACAGCGCUCUCUCUGAAGGGCUACCUCAGGAGGUGGUCUUGGAUUCAGGUGCUGACCUCAGUGUGAUGCCGCGAGCAUGGUUGGAAGCGAAUCUUGGAGACAGGGGUUCGAGUGCACCAGUUCGAAUGGUCGACGCCCAAGGGAAAGAGAUGAAGAACCAUGGUAGCAGGAAGAUCACCUUGGACCUAGGCCCAGCGAUGAUCCAAGAGGAGUUCUACGCGUCCGAUGUUGGUGCGCCCCUGAUCUCACUAGGGAGAUUGCUGAAGAAAGGUUGGAGCCUCGACCACAGGAAUGGACUCCUGCAUCUGUGCAAUGAUCCCGAAGAGAUAGAAGUGCCGGUCUCAUUCCGAAGGAAUAGCCUUGUGGUUGAUGCCAGAGUGUUCAUGGUCCGGGAUGAUGAGGUGAAAGAACCAGAAGAAGAAUGUGUUCGAGCAAGCAAAGAAGGUCGGAUUAUAGUGCAACCACAUUUCAACAUCCACGGACUUUCUCCAGGGUGGAAUUUCCUCGACUGUGGUGAUCCUUGCAUCUUGAAGAGAGAUAAGGUCCGCCUCGAUCCUUCAGAUGACAUGUCAGUGCAUUUGUGGAAGUAUCGCACGACUUUGGUGUUCAGGCAGGAAGCGUGGGAGCUUGUGGACUUCCAGGAACCCCUGGAAAACGUGGAGAACCUGAGUGAGGUGAUUGAACAUGGCGAUGCAGCAGUCCUGAUAUUCACCAUUAUGCAUCGUACGAAAGGUGACCCCGAUCACUACGGCCUCACGCUCGUUGCUGAAGCUGGAACUUCCGAGGCAGAUGAAGUGAAAGAUUGGCCCGUUGAUCUUGAUCUGUAUGCCGAAGAGAUGAGCGUAGCUGAUCCGCAUGAACAAAUGAGCCCAAUCGAACUCCCAGGUGUAUGUGAUCAUGACGGACAUGAAGAACCGGUGGGCGCAAGUCCCGCCCCAAUGUUGAUCGGAUGUGGAGAAGAAGACCAUGUGGUAGUAGAGGGACUGCGGUUGAACGAGGAUUCGAGUGCUCGAGAACUACGAGAAGCGUGCAAAGCUUUGGGACUGGGGAUGUCUGGUUCCAAGAAAGUUAUGUUCCAGAGGUUGAUGAGUCACUCAAAGAAGAGAGCACUGGAGGAUGCGAUGGCGCUGGAGAAUGCGGCGAAACCUCAUGAACAUCAACCACGUGGAGAGCGACUUCCUAAGCAACCAACUGCUGAUGAGAUUGCCGAGCAUGAGCUCACUCAUGUGCCGUUCAAGGAAUGGUGCAGCUACUGCGUAAGUUGCAGAUCAAGGAGAGAUGCUCACCGUCAGGAUGGAGAACAACAUGACACCGAUGGCGGGGACCCAAUCAUUGCAUUCGACUUCUUUUACACCGAUGUCACGGGAGGUGAACUAGACUUCAUGCGAAGUGCUCCUAAGGACAAAGAUGCGAUGGUUGUGGUGGUGGCUGUGGACAAGACGACAGGAAUGUCAAGAGCCAUACCCCUAGAGUCGAAAGGUGAUCAAUCACUGGUGUAUGCAGCGAAAGAAAUCUUAGGCUUCAUAUCCUAUCUGGGAUAUCAAGGCGUGGUGAUCAGGUCAGACAAUGAGCCUUCUGCAGCAGCCUUGACCAAGAUGAUUUGUCACUCCAGGACGAAGUUGGGUUUGAAGACCGUGGCGAGACCGUCACAACCUCAUGAGCAUGCAACAAAUGGAAUGGCAGAACAAUGCGUUCAGAACAUUCGAGAUCUAGCAUCAACUUUGUUGGAACAGGUGAAGGCUCAAUCGGGAACGGAGAUUCGGACGAGAGAUGAGAUUGCAGGCUGGGCGUAUGUGCAUGCCUCAAUGCUUCAGAACACGUUUGCAGUCAGAGCUGGAACGACUUCGUUCGAGAAGGCAUUUGGCUUGGCCUACAAUGGGAAGUUGGCAUGUUUCGGCGAGGUGGUCCUGUUUGCGUUGAGUCAAGGCCAUCGAAAGAAAGGACGCCCGAAGUUCGUGAAAGGCCUGUGGCUUGGAAAAUCGCUGGUGAAUGACAUGCAUGUGUGUGGAACAGCGCUUGGUUUGUACCUGUCAACAACGGUCCGGAGGCUGAAUCCACAGGAAAGGUGGAGCAAGCAUAUGCUGAAAGAAUUCCAAGGCAAACCGUACAAGUUUUCGUUGAGCAGCCUGGGAAAAGUCGUGAUUCCGGCUAUGAAAGACAGGACAAAGCCGAAUGUGGUACCGGACAUGCCAGUGAUGCCAAUGGAAGGACCAAAGGAGGCAGCGUUGAAGGCACCAGAUGAGGCAGGAUCUGAUUCUUCAAGUUCAUCAUCGCAGUCAGGUGCAAGACAAUCUAGCAAUGAAGAGCCAGGAGGGGUUUCGACACCAUCGUCACAGCAUGCUAGCUCAGCCCCGUCGGAAGGCAGAACUGGUGAUGGCGUGCGAGAAGAGAUGGACAUCGAGGCAGGAGCAGGACAGAAGAGAUCUGAGCCCGAACCAAGUGACAAGGAAGAAGACAAGCGUGGAGAAAAGCGACCGAUGCCGGAGGAGAAGAACGUCCCGCUGAAUGCACCUCCACUUUAUGCUGGGAGCUCAUCGCCACCAAAGACCUCAAGGGUUUCAACCGUGAAAGUUGCAGAUGCUGAGUACUACACAUUGGAUGAGCACCUAGAAGAGGAGUGGGGUGACAUGGAAGAGUGGGAGAUUUGGUCUGAGGUAGAAGAGGGAGAAGAGAGCAUUGAUUGGGGAGAGCUUUGGCGUAACAGGACUGAGAAUGAGGGGCCUCCAGAACUGUCGGAACACGAGAUGAACCAAGUGGAUGCUGAGAGCAGGAAGACCGAAGUGAAGCGACUCCUUGACAUGGGAGUGUUGGAACAGGUAUCGUCCUUACCUGAGAACGCAGAGUUGUUGCAGACGAAGCAUGUGAUGGACUGGCGGUACCGUGAGGCGAAGUGGAAGAGAAGGGCGAGGUUAGUGUGCAAGCAGCUGAAGAUAUGGGACCCAAACAGGACAGACGUGUAUGCCCCAAGCACCAAUCCAUCAAUUGCAAAGCUGUUGCCGGCCCUCAUGGUUUCCCGACCAGGGUGGCAAAUGGUUAGCUUCGACGUGAAGGAUGCUUUCCUCGAGGUGAAGCAGCGUCAAGAGCUUUAUGUGAUGUUGGACGGCCUCCCAUAUAGAGACCAUCGUUGCUUGCCAGGACAGCAGGCAGCGUCUGCGUGGUGGGGAGAACAGCUGGCGGCGGACCUGGCUACAGCUGGCUUGGUGCCAGAUGAAGCAUGUCCGGCAGCGUUUGGACAGCCAGGUUUGGGUGCAACAGUUCAUGUCGAUGAUGGCUUGCUAGCUGGAACCCCAGAGAACACACGAAAGGUAACUGAGAUCCUGGAGAAGAAGUACAAGCUGGAAGUCUCAGAACCCGUGAAGAACAUAGGUGAUAGCCUGAAGUUCCUGAAGAAAGAGUUACUAAUCACCGAGUCUGGCAUUGAGGUGCGAGUCGACAAGAAGUACUUGGAGAAGAUUUGUGGUGUGUUGGACCUGAAAAGGCCGAGAGUGAGGAAAACGCCGUGCAGUCCAGAAAUUGCCAAAAUGGAUGAGUCAGAGCCCUUGCAGGAGCUGGAGGCUUCGAAGUUCAGAGCGGCAGUCGGAAGCUUCCUGUACCUCAGCCCAGAUAGACCAGAUGCCCAAUGGACCAUCGCACACUUGGCAAGGUCGAUGAGUCGGCCAACGAAGCGUAUGUGGAAGCAUGCCUGUCACUUAGCAGAGUAUCUGUUAGCCACAGCUGAUGUGUGUCUCACGUUGGCAUGGACGUAUCCGGGAAGGUCAAGUUUGGAUGAGAGAAAGCUCAGUCGAGAGGAGGCAACAAGGCUGCAAAUAGAGAACAGCGGCAAACCGGAUUUGGUUGAGGGCAUGAGCGAUAGUGACUGGGCUGGACAUUGGACGAGGGUGUCAUCGACGUGUGGCCACGUCUACUUGAAUGGGAACGCGACCUUCAGCUUCGUGAGGAAGCAAGGCUCGAUUUCUCUGUCGUCAUGCGAAGCAGAGCUCAUGGCAUGUUGUUCCACGGCAGCAGAACUGAUGUAUGUUGGGCACGUGAUCAAGACGCUUUCAAGCACACCUUGUCGGUUGUUAUGCCGGCUAGACUCGUCUAGCGCCCGAUCAUUGCUCCAAAAGCGUGGCGUGUCGAAAGUGCGUCAUCUGGAAACGAAACUGCUAUGGGUACAGAGGGAAACUUCGAGGGGAACCUUGGAACUGGGAACAGUGUCCACGUACCUAAAUACUGCUGACAUAGGUACAAAGGCGCUAAGCUCAGAACGCUAUGGAUUCCUGAUGUCUCGCCUGGGCUAUGGUGGCUUCGAGUGUCCGAACAGAAACAAGCAGAAGUAUGAGCAGAUGAAUGCCAAGGUGAUUCGUUUGCUGGUGAUGAUGGAUGCAAUGAGAACCGCGAAUGGAGCAGAAGCCUUUGGAAGAGAUCGUGAGCUUGAGCAAAGUGGCAUCACGAUUAUGAGCGCCUUGAGCCUGGAGAUCAAGGUCAACCAAUGGGGUGGUGUUCUCCUGGUGGCUGCGGGUUUGGUGAUCCUGAUGACCGUGCUGUACAUGGUAUGGCAAAUGGCAUGGAAGGAAAAGCGACUUGGAGACCUACAGAGGAAGGGGAACCACCACUAUGUGGACCAGAUGAACCUCGACGACCAGAUGAACCUCGACGACCAGAUGAACCUCUACGACCAGAUGAACCUCGACGAGAAGAUGAACCUCGACGACCAGAUGAACUUCGACGACCGGAUGAACCUCUUCGAGCAGGUGAACCUCGACGGCAAGAUGAACCCCAAGUCCGAGUACAAGCUCAACCUGUGCAUCAAGGUGGACACGGGUGGAAUCAGAGACAGGCACAGCAUGAUGGGCGACAUGUUCGGUUGCUCACUCGUGAACAAGCAGUCCGUGAAGGAUAUGAGGGAUGCAGGCAAUGCAACCCAUGAUGAGGACCCAGAUGGAGCGAGAUGA